GCUGCGUGGCCGUAUGAACUUUAGCUGAGCUCCAUGCGGGCUACGAUGGAUCCUGAGCAGGACCAGGAGAGCGUCACUUCUCGGGACGAGUUCCUGAAGUGCGGCCAGGCGGUGCCAGCGAGGCCCCGGCGCAGAUGCACUGAUCGCUGGUGCGGGGUUUUGCUGGGGGCCUUCCUCUUCGGCAUGUGGUCUGUGUACCAACAUGCGCGGACCGAGGGCGAUCUCGCCAAGCUGACUCAUGGCUUUGACUGGACGGGCGCCAUUUGCGGAGUGGAUGAGGCGGUCAAGGACAAGCCCUUCCUCUUCUGGUGCUCGCCGAGCAGCGGGGAGGCGCUUGCCCUUCUGGACGGCGUGUGCGUCGCCGAGUGCCCGGGCACGAAGAACGAGGUCUUCUACUGCCCUGGCCCAGCGGUGCCUUUCGAGGUCAAGCAGUAUCUCGACAUUUACCACCACCAGCAGCAGGUCAUCAUCGGAAUGAGACGGAACAUCACGGCCAAGCCCAGCUACCCCAGCGUCGAGGCCUUUGGCUACUGCUUCCCCAAGGAGGAUGUAGUUCUGCUCCAAAAAGUCCUGGAGCGAACUCACGUGUCUAGCUUCACCAAGCAGGUCAUCCUCGCAGGCCAAGGCGCCUUUGAGAGCUGGCGGUUCCUGGUGCUGGUGGCUGCUUCCUGCAUUGUGAUUGGCUAUGGCUUCCUGUUCGUGGUCUGGUACUCGUUUGAGAAGAUGGUCUACGGGCUGAUGGUCGGCACCCACUUGUUGCUCCUAGCCUGCUGCGCAGCCUUUCUCCUGGCGAGCUUUGACCCACAGUACAACAUCUACAUGACCUACUUCGCACCAGAGGCCUCUAGGAUCAUGGCCUGGGCCUCUGCAGGCGUUGCCUUCUUCUUCUGGGUGCUCUUUGCACUUCUUUGCUGGCAGGGAAGGGACGCCCUGGCCGUAACCGUCGACAGCAUCACCGCUACUUGUCAGGUCAUUGCAGAGAUGCCCAGUAUGCUGCUGCAGCCCUUGCUGCAUUCUGUGGUAGUGGUGCUUGCAUUGAUCUUCCUAGUUUACGGAUUUGCCUGGAUCCUGUCUACAGGGAAGGUGGUGCCAGAGGGUGCGCCACUGGAGCAGGGCGGAGUGCAGAUUGCUGGCAUCCAUCGAAGCCUCCAGUUCACCCAGCUCCAGUGGGCUUGCCUUGCCUACUGGAUCUUCGGCGUGGUCUGGAUCUUUGAGCUGCUGAACGCGCUUGGUCAGUUUGCCAUCUCCCAUGCAGUUGUCAGCAGCACAGUCCACAGGGACUUGGAGUCGUACCCCAUGCUCAGUGGCUACUACACGGGGCUUUGCUUUCACCUAGGCACUAUCGCCCUGGGUGCCUUUGUCAUCGGCUGCUUGAAGCUUCUUGCAGCUUGCAUGUCCUUCAUAUUGAACCAGACGCGGAACGAGCACGGCGUACAAGGCGCGGUGGCGCAAGUCCUGUGCUGCUGCUGCGUGUGCACGGUGCUUUGCAUCGAGCGCGUCCUUAGCAUGGUGAACGACCUAGUCUACACAGAUGUUGCGCUGCGGUCCUGUGGGUACUUGGAUGCGGCGGACAACGUGGUGCGAGUGGCAGCUUCAAAUCCAGUGACCUACGCUGCGAUCAAGUCAUCAGCAACGGUCAUGCGUGUGGUGGGUGUGACCAUCAUCGCGGGCUGUGGCACCUUCCUCUCCUACCAGGUGCAGUCUUCGACGGCGCUUCACAAGCAGUUGGACCUUGUGUUUGAGAACGCGUCGACGAUGCUGGUGACAUCAAACAUCCUCGGCACCACCAUCGCGGCGGGGCUCAUUUGCUUCUACGUCGCGCUGGCCUUCAUGAUGGUGUUCUACCAGACCACCUACUCCCUGAUGUACUGCAUGCUUUUGCUGGGCCCUGCCUCCGCAGGAUUCCAUGGAAUUCAUCCCCCCUGCCUCCAAGAUGCCCAGAACACAGAGAUGCAGACGCGGUUUCAGCCGGAAGACAAGCUCUGAGCAUUCGGCCGCGCCGUUCUCGUCGUCUCACCGUCUCACGCUGAGCGCAGGUGCAAGAACCUGGCGCCUAGCGCUAGGUUCCAAGUGUGGGGUUUACCUUUGGACCCCCAAAGAGGCU